AUGUCGGUGCCGGAUAAGUUUUUUGGUCGCUAUCAACUGGAUAAAAGCGAGAAUUUCGACGAAUUUCUCUCAUCGAAAGGUGUCAACUGGUUCGUUCGACAAAUGAUCAAGUUGGCCGGACUCACGAAAAUCAUCUCGGCUAAUCAGGAAGCCGGAAAAUACAACAUGGAGAAUCUGACCUCAAAAAAGAACACCAACUACCAGGGAUGGGAGCUCGGCAAAUCGUUCGAAGCGCCAGGAUUAGAUGGAAAUCAGCACCAGAUUACGUUCGACUUCAAAAACGAGGAGCUCUCGGAGCACCACAUUCGUCUCAACGAGCCGGAUACCUCGGCGGAGACCUACUUCUACACCAUCGACGAUCAGAAUCAACUGGUGAUGCGAAUGGAGAACAACGGGAUUGUCUGCCGUCGUUGGUUCAAGAAGGUCGAGCAGAAGUGA